AUGAUCGGAGCAAACCCUUUGAAUGCGAGAUUUGCCACCAAUCAUAUAGUCGCAGUCACCCUCAAACGUCACUUAAAUGUAGUACAUAAUCGGAGUAAGCCCUUCGAAUGUGAAAUUUGUCACAAAUCAUUUGGAGAUAGUAGUAACCUCAACAGGCACAUAAACGCAGUACAUAAUCGCAUCAAACCCUUCGAGUGUGAGAUUUGUUACAAAUCAUUUGGAAAAAAGAGUGAUUUCAAUAGACACAUAAAUGCAGUACAUAAUCGGAGCAAGCCUUUCGAGUGUGAUAUUUGUCACAAAUCAUUUAGAGGCAAGGGUGACCUCAAAAGACACGUAAAUUCUGUACAUAAUCACAUCAAACCCUUUGAAUGUGAAAUUUGUCACAAAUCAUUUAGAUGCAAGGGUGACCUCAAAAGUCACGUAAAUUCUGUACAUAAUCAGAUCCGACCCUUUGAAUGUGAAAUUUGUCGCAAAUCAUUUGCACACAAAUGCCAUCUGAAUGUUCAUGUAAAUGCAGUACAUAAUCGUAACAAACCCUUCGAAUGUGGCAUUUGCAAAAAAUCAUUUGCAGAAAAAAGUAGUCUCAAUAAACAUAUAAUUGCAUUGCAUCUGAACAAACCCAUGUAAGAUCUGUCACAAAUCAUUAGUACAAAAAGCUUAUCUUAAAUCUUACGUAA